GAGGGGAGGGGAGCGAUGCGGCGCCGGCGGGCGGCGGUGGCCGCGGGCUUCUGCGCCUCCUUCCUGCUGGGCUCCGUCCUCAACGUGCUCUUCGCACCGGGGUCGGAGCCUCCGCGGCCGGGCCAGUCCCCCGGGCCGUCGCCAGCCCCGGGCCCGGGCCGUCGCGGGGGCCGCGGGGAACUGGCCCGGCAGAUCCGGGCGCGCUACGAGGAGGUGCAGCGCUAUUCCCGCGGGGGCCCCGGCCCCGGGGCGGGCCGGCCGGAGCGGCGGCGCCUGAUGGACCUGGCCCCGGGCGGGCCGGGCCUGCAGCGCCCCCGGCCCCCGCGGGCCCGGCCCCCGCCCGACGGCGCCCCGAGCUGGCCCCCGGCUCCCGGCCCGGGCUCCCCCGGCUCCCCCGGCUCCCCCGGCUCGGGCCCGCGCCUGGGCUGCGCCGCGCUCCGCAACGUGUCCGGCGCUCAGUACGUGGGCUCGGGCUACACCAAGGCCGUGUACCGGGUCCGCCUGCCCGGCGGCGCCGCCGUGGCGCUCAAGGCGGUGGACUUCAGCGGCCACGAUCUGGGCAGCUGCGUGCGCGAGUUCGGGGCCCGGAGGGGCUGCUACCGGCUGGCGGCCCACAAGCUGCUCAAGGAGAUGGUGCUGCUGGAGCGGCUGCGGCAUCCCAACGUGCUGCAGCUCUAUGGCUACUGCUACCAGGACAGCGAGGACAUCCCGGACACCCUGACCACCAUCACAGAGCUGGGCGCCCCUGUGGAGAUGAUCCAGCUGCUGCAGACUUCCUGGGAGGACCGAUUCCGAAUCUGCCUGAGCCUGGGCCGGCUCCUUCACCACCUGGCCCACUCCCCACUGGGCUCAGUCACUCUGCUGGACUUCCGCCCCCGACAGUUUGUGCUGGUGGAUGGGGAGCUGAAGGUGACAGAUCUGGAUGAUGCACGUGUGGAGGAGACACCGUGUACAAGCAGCACAGACUGCAUACUGGAGUUUCCGGCCAGGAACUUCACCCUGCCCUGCUCAGCCCAGGGCUGGUGUGAGGGUAUGAAUGAGAAGCGCAACCUCUACAAUGCCUACAGGUUUUUCUUCACAUACCUCCUGCCCCACAGUGCCCCACCCUCACUACGGCCUCUGCUGGACAGCAUUGUUAACGCCACAGGAGAGCUCGCCUGGGGAGUAGAUGAGACUCUGGCCCAGCUGGAGAAAGUGCUGCACCUGUACCGGAGUGGGCAGUAUCUGCGGAACACCUCAGCAGGCAGCAGAGCUGAGUACCAGCGCCUCCCAGACAGCACCAUCCCCCAGGAAGACUACCGCUGCUGGCCAUCCUACCACCACGGAGGCUGCCUCCUCUCGGUGUUCAACCUGGCUGAGGCCGUGGACGUCUGUGAGAGCCAUGCCCAGUGCCAGGCCUUUGUGGUCACCAACCAGACCACCUGGACAGGUCGGCAGCUGGUAUUUUUCAAGACAGGAUGGAGCCAUGUGGUCCCUGAUCCCAACAAGACUACAUACGUGAGGGCCUCUGGCUGACCUGUCUGAGGGCUCGACUGACAGCGGACCAGCCCCACCAGCUGGGCUUGUCUGUGGAGGGAGGGAGUGACUUGUACCAGCAGCACCGCAUGUCACCCAGAAACUCCUGAAGACAAGGCUGACAUCCCAGACAGUGAGGUGACCAGGACAAUGUGCAAUAAUGCCAAAUGUUAAAAUGUGAGUUACCGGUCUAAGUAUGGGACUGCUGGCCCCAGGGCCAGGAAUCACAGUGGGGUGGGGGGCAGGGGCUGACUGCCCCUCCAACCCUCUGGGCUGCCAGCAAGGCUCAGGCUGGUGUCCCCACUGGGGGUCUGCCCCUUGCUGGGACAAUUCUGUGGGCAGCCCCAUCACUGUGUUCACAGUGUGAGAAUGUAGCCAGAGCCCCUGCUGCUGCUGCUGCAUGUCACGAUCGGGUGGGGGCUGCGUGGGGACAAUCGAUCAUGGAGGGUUCUCUCAGCUGAGUUCCGGAUAGAAGACUUGACGGGGAUGCCCUGGGAUGUGGGGGUUUCUGUACCCGGGGAGGCCACCUCUGGCCACCCAACUGGGCCCCCCACCCCAGGCCAGUGCAGAGGAGCCCACAAGGUAUGAGCCAAGACAUGGGGUCAAGGAGCAGGUUGCAGUUUGAGCCAGGACCUGGGGUGGGGGUGGGGCCGGGGCCUUUUCUGCCUCAUUUGCUUUCAGUGAAAGCCGCAAAGCAGCCAAAACCAGCCUCUCCCCCCUCCUGGAGUUUGUAUAUCCAGAAGCUUUUGUACUUCUUGUUCAUUAAAUGUUUAUUUUUGUAAAAAAAAAAAAAAAUCAAUCAAUUAAUAAAUGACGUUUCAUGGCAAGGACUCUUCCCAAGCCACAGUUUCUUGGGCUGACUUACGUCCUCAAUUAAUGUCUUUGGUGUUUGUUUGGGGAAGUGAGGGCAGGAGGUCAUGGGUGGUGACCUUGAGAAGAGUGAAAUCUGGGCCACCUGGGUGGCUCAGUGGUUGAGCAUCUGUCUUUGGCUCAGGGUGUGAUCC